CCAUUUUUAUAGAUUAAUAUGUGAUAAAAUCGAUACUCUGAAAAUGGAUUAUUUUUCAGCAUAUAUAAAUAAAAAACUACCAAAAAUUACUGCUAGAAGAGGCAUAUUUUCUAAGGAAUUCAAUAGGAACAUGUCUUCACGAGGAACAGAAACAGUUCCAGUACAAGAACAUAGUUAUGAAAGAAAAACAUCACAUGUAUGCAUUACGUUAUUUUGGAGGAUGUAUGCUCGACCAUUUGGAAAGGUUUUUCUUUUGGCAUCAAUUACAUAUCUUAGUCUUCAUUAUUUAUGGUGGCAUUUAUAUUCAGAAGAAAAAAAGAGGGAGAAAAAAGAAUGUCUUUUUCAGCUUGAAAAAAAGCUUCAUGAAAUGGCAUUAAAUUCCAAGUCCAAACCUGUAUAAAUAUAUACGAAAUAUACAGAAAACACUUGUUAAAUCAUAUAUGUAU